GACAGAGACGCAAGUAACGUCCGCGUUCGUGCGCUGUUUGCGUAAAUCCUAAUUUCAGUCUCGCGGAACUGUUGUACGUUGACAGACAGUAGGCUGUUUUUACUCUGAAUUAAAAAAUAAAUGAAUGAAUAAAAUGGAGGACGACGCACCGGUUAUUUAUGGCCUUGAGUUCCAGGCACGUGCUCUCACAGCCCAGGCAGCUGAGACGGAUGCCAUCAGGUUUUUAGUGGGAACACAGUCACUGAAAUUUGAUAACCAGAUUCACAUCAUUGACUUUGAUGAUGAGAAUAACAUGAUUAAUAAGAAUGUCCUCCUGCACGACGCUGGUGAGAUAUGGCACAUGAGCACCAGCCCCGCAGAUAAGGGAGUGUUGACCACAUGCUACAACAAGACGUCUGAGAGUCGGGUUCUCACAUGUGCGGCGGUAUGGAGGAUGCCCCCGGAAUGGGAAACAGGCAGCCACGAGUCCCCCGAUGAUUCAUCAAACAACCCGCAGACCUUGGAGCUUCUCUGUCACCUUGACAACACGGCCCACGGCAGCGUGGCCUGUGUAUUAUGGGAGCCCAUGGGUGACGGCAAGCGCGUGAUCUCUUUGGCUGAAAACCAUGUGCUGCUCUCGGACCUUCAGGAGAGCUCCAGCAAAGCCACGAUCUCCAGCAGUGCCACCCUGGAGGGCAAAGGGCAGCUGAAGUUCACCACGGGCAAGUGGAGCCCACAUCACAACUGCACCCAGGUUGCCACAGCCAACGACACGGCCAUCCGAGGCUGGGACCUGCGCAGCAUGAGUCAGAUGUACUGCAUUGAAAACGCUCACGGGCAGCUGGUACGUGACUUGGACUUCAACCCCAACAAGCAGUAUUACCUGGCCAGCUGCGGCGAUGACUGCAAAGUGAAGUUUUGGGACGUGCGACACAUCAACGAACCGGUCAAAUGCCUGGAGGAGCAUUCUCAUUGGGUGUGGAGUGUGAGGUACAAUCAUUCUCACGAUCAACUCGUGCUCACGGGCAGCAGUGACAGCAGACUCAUUCUGUCCAACAUGGUCUCCAUCUCCUCUGAACCGUUCGGACACCUGGUGGAUGACGAUGACCUCAGCGACAAUGAGGAGACGCAGCAGGAUGACAAGGUUAAAGAACCACUUCAGGACAGCAUUAUAGCCACAUAUGAGGAGCAUGAGGACAGCGUGUAUGCGGUAGAGUGGUCUGCGGCAGACCCCUGGCUGUUUGCAUCCCUCAGUUACGACGGUCGGCUAGUUAUCAACAGAGUCCCCCGAGCCAUCAAAUACAGAAUCUUACUGUAGAACAGAAUAAACACUCUUGUUUUGGAUGUGUCCUGUACACACGGAGAAGAGAGACUUCAUACAGGACCGAUUCUCCACAGUGUCAGAUAUCUGUCAAUACUCUAUAUAUGUGUCAUGUUAUGAUUUAUUUGACUUUUUUCAUGUACUGUCUGGUGCUGUGGGAAAUCAGAAGGCUGAAGAUAAAUUAUGACGACGUGUCUUAUUAUAUAUGCUUUAACAAAAGCAAUGCUCCGCAGAGCUGUCAAAAUCUCCUAAUCACCCCUGUAUGUUUCCUACAAAACAGCUUUAAUUAAAGAGCCAGACAACUCCCGCUUCA